AUGGAACUCGAGCUUUUUUCGCUCGUGGAAAUUUUGCGCGAAUACCGCACCAUGUUGCUCGGUUUUCCUGUGGUCGUUCACACCGACCACAAGAACCUCAUAUAUCCUACCGAAAAUAGCCUGCGAGUCAAGCGCUGGAAGCUUCUCCUUUCGGAGUACCGCCUCUCGAUGCACUACAUCAAGGGGGCCAAAAAUGUUGGUGCUGACGCUUUUUCGCGGAUGCGAUUUGACAACUUAGAGACAAAGUCUAAGUUGCAGCUUGCGGAGGAGGUUUGUAGGACGACGGAUGAGCCAGACUGUGUCAUGCAUGGUCCUGUCCUACGAGAGCACCAAGAGAAAGACGCCAUGAUCCAGAAGAUCAAGACUUCCUGCCUUAAAGGCAACAACAACCCCGACUACCAGCUCCUACCGGUACUCGGCUGCACACUGGUUGCGUACCAAAAAGCGCGUCAUUGUGCCCGACAGCCUGCGCGAUGA